CCCGCCCUGGCCUGCCCCGGAUCGCGGCAUUUGUUGUCCCGGCCGACAGGCCAGCCGAGCCCUCUUGGCUCAGGAAAGCUGGGCGGAGCAGCCGUGGGCAGCGGGGCAGCCAUGGAAGGCACGGCGCGGAGGCGGCAGCACCCAGGAGCGGCGGGCGCGCAGCCGGGCGCCUCCUUCCUGCAGGCCAGGCACAGCUCCAUCAAAGCUGAUGAGGCCGCCAGCACGGCUCCCUUCCACCUCGACCUCUGGUUCUACUUCACUCUGCAGAACUGGGUUCUGGACUUUGGCCGCCCCAUUGCCAUGCUGGUGUUCCCUCUCGAAUGGUUUCCGCUCAAUAAGCCGAGCGUGGGGGACUACUUCCACAUGGCCUACAACGUCAUCACUCCCUUUCUCCUGCUCAAGCUCAUCGAGCGAUCGCCCCGCACCUUGCCACGCUCCGUGGUCUACGUCAGCAUCAUCACCUUCAUCAUGGGCGCCAGCAUCCACCUGGUGGGAGACUCCGUGAACCACCGCCUGCUCUUUAGUGGCUACCAGCACCACCUGUCAGUCCGUGAGAACCCCAUCAUCAAGAAUCUCAAGCCCGAGACUCUGAUCGACUCCUUCGAGCUGCUUUACUACUAUGACGAGUACCUGGGCCACUCCAUGUGGUACAUCCCCUUCUUCCUCAUCCUCUUCAUGUACUUCAGCGGCUGUUUCACUCCCACCAAAGCUGAGAGCUCAAUGCCAGGGGCGGCCCUGCUCUUGGUGGUGCCCAGUGGCCUGUACUACUGGUACCUGGUCACCGAGGGCCAGAUCUUCAUCCUCUUCAUCUUCACCUUCUUCGCCAUGCUGGCCCUCGUCCUGCACCAGAAGCGCAAGCGCCUCUUCCUGGACAGCAACGGCCUCUUCCUCUUCUACUCCUUCGCCCUCACUCUCCUGCUUGUGUCCAUGUGGGUCGCCUGGCUGUGGAAUGACCCUGUGCUCAGGAAGAAGUACCCAGGCGUCAUCUACAUCCCUGAGCCCUGGGCCUUCUACACCCUCCAUGUCAGCAGCCGGCACUGAGCCCCUGGCAUCAGCCACUGGUGCCCUUUUGGCAGGAGAUGGGCCAUAGAGGGAGUCUGAGCAGGGGUGUUGUACAUGCGUGUGCGUGUGUGUGUGUGUGUAUGUCCACCCACCUGGGCAUAACCGUGACUGAGAAUAUGAAUGGGAGUGCUCACUGUGUACAUGGAUAGGUGUGCGUGUGUGCAUGUGUGUGUCCACCCACCUGAGCAUAACUGUGUACAACCAUGCACAACCAAGAACAUGAGUGGGAGUGUGCAUUGCGUACACAUGUGGAGUGUGUCAUCAGGAGACUUGAUUCUUUCAGUCAAGCUUCUGUUUGGUCUGGAUCUUUCCAGGGUGGGAUUUAGUUUCAGGCAGUGCGUCCAGGCCAAGAUAUGGGCCCUGCCUUUGCUGUGAACCUGGCGAGAGUCGGAGCCCAUCUCUCUCUCACUGCUCAGGGCUGAUCCUGUCUUCCCUCGAAGCCUCUACUGCUACCCCUGCAGGGGAGGCCUGGGUGUGGCCAUGCAGAGGGGAUCCGGUGUGUCUACCCCACCUGGCCUGCUCCUCAGACCCACCCUGACCCUGGAAACAGAGUACAUACGUUACAUGAACUUUCUGUGUAUUACUGAGCAAAGCACAUCCCUUCUCCGGGUUUCAUUUGCACUAGAUGAGCUCAGGGUCCCAGAGUGGAUUGUGGCUAGUUGCAGUCUCCUCUCGGGGCAACCUGGGAAUGGGCAAGAAGUUUUAUAGUGUCCCUGUCCUCACACCCUAAAGGUUUAUAGUGUCCCUGUCCUCAUACCCUGAAAGGGGUAUGUGCAUCCCAGACCCUCACCCACCUCAGGUUACGUGAGGUGUUGAACCACUCGCCCCUGAGGAUGCACCCACCCCAGCUGGGGUGUGCUCCCCACCCACCCCCCUAACCACCGGCCUGAUGUUGGGGGUCUGGCAGUGGUAGCUUCCCCAACCAGCCCCUCUGCCAGAAGCCCUGUCUCUGUCCUCUCCCUCGGGGGUGGGGGGUCGUGGUACCACUUCCUGUCAGCCUGACUGCAGGUUUCCGAGCCGCAGCUGAUGGCAGAGUUCUCGACUGAACCGUGGACUCUGUGGAGAGGAGGUAUCAAGGCUCUCUGCAGUCGGCCUUGCCUCAGUCUGGACCUCAAGCCUUCGGCCAGGGCCCUGCUCCCAGAAGAGACUCCGCGUCCCCAGCAGGAUGCCCCCAGCCCCAGUCUCCCAGGCGCCGCUGCACACAGGCCUCCAACAGCUGCAGGCCUGGCAGCCGCCUUCCCAGCAGCCCUGGCCCAGGUGUGCUUGUGGGAGUCAGGGGGCCUGUGUUGCUUCCCCCGGCCUCUACCUCCUCUCCUGUGUUCUCAGGGAGCCUAUGCCUCAGAUUCUCCUUUCAUGUUGGAGUCCCUCUGCUGCCCCUUGGGUGUUCUCCAGCCUCUGGUCAGUCCCUGUCUGCUGGCAGCACCGGGCCCUGUGAAUAAAGGCAGUGUGAAGCCA